CCACAGCAGAGCCCAGCCUGUAAUGAGAUUCAGAGAACUGCACGAGAGCGUCGUACCUGGAUAAACGAGCCGAGGACAGUGUCAACCUCCCGAUAAAGUCCCGGUCGGAUACGGACAGAAAAGAGUCCAGUCGCUGGUAACCGGGGAAAAUAAAGAAACAACAUUAAAAGUGAGUUUAUAAGAACAACCGAAGAGGAUUUACCAAGUGGACACGAGACGCGAGUGGCACCGUGGCAGAUGUAAGAUGACAUCGAUAAAUGUUGAUUGAACAGCUGGGAUGUUAAUGGUAUGAUGAAAACAGUAUCACACUAAGGAGUGACUUCAAAGCAAGACAGGAAUGGCUUGAUUUCUCACCCGGGAGAGCGGUGGGACAUUACUGUCUUCAUGUUUCUGUGGAAGAGAAGGAAAGUUUGCUGCGCUUCACUCGGAUACAAGUCUACUUUCUGAGAGGAAUUACUACUACUGCUGUGACUAUUUCUUAUACCAGUGGAAGAGCCCGCCAGUUUUUUGGUGUCGGCUCAUAAACUGAUUAAAAUGUCUAAGCCUGUGCUAAAGAAAAACCACUGGACCUCCAGAGUGAACGAGUGCUCCGUCUCCAAAGAUGCCCGCGGUGACUUGAAUGUGCCACUGCGCGGCGGCGCGGAGAACGGGGAGUUUGCCUACAUUGGGCAAGUUAACGGGGAUGUCGUGCUUUACAAAAUGGGAAAAUUAAGUGAAGGAGAACUGCUGCUGGAGGUGGAAAACCUAUCGAUUUCGGGAUUACCCUUGUACGACAUACAGACAGUGAUAAAGAACUGCAAAGGGGCCGUCAGGUUGAAAACUGUCAGACAAGGAAGUAAGCUGAACAAGGACCUGAAGCAUUACCUGAGCCAGCGCUUCCAGAAAUCCUCGGCUGACCACGAACUGCAGCAGACCAUUCGAGACAACCUCUACCGCCACGCUGUGCCUUGUACAACCCGCGGCCCACGUGACGGAGAAGUUUCUGGCGUGGACUACAACUUCCUCUCAAUAGAGGAUUUCCUGGAGUUGGAGAAGAGUGGGACCCUUUUGGAGAUUGGAACGUAUGAUGGUAACUAUUAUGGGACGCCCAAGCCACCGGUGCAGCCCCCCGGUGGGAAAGUGAUUAGCGGUAGCGGUAGCGGCGGUGAUGCCCCACUGCCAGACGGGCUCAGCGGUAGCCUGCCGGGCUCUGAGCACUCCACUCCCCGACGCUCCAAGUCCUACAAUGACAUGCAAAAUGCUGGAAUAGGGCCUGGAGAGCGGCAGCAGCAGGAGGACGACGAGGACCUCCCGGACAUGAACAGCAGCUUUACAGGAGAUUCUAGUGAAUUAGACGAGAUUCCUCACUCAGUGCGCCCCUACCCCCCCCCGGAGGACCCGCCCUACGUUGGGAGAACCCCCUCACCAUCGGCCACCACGGAGAGCACUCAGCAGUCCAACUCUAACCUGAGCCAUCCUCCCCCGGAGGACCCUCUGGGGACUCUGCCUGACAACUGGGAGAUGGCCUACACCGAGAACGGAGAGGUCUACUAUAUAGACCACAAUACAAAGACCACCUCCUGGAUAGACCCUCGGUGCAUGGACAAGCCUCAGAAACCCCUGGAAGAAUGUGAAGACGAUGAAGGGGUCCACACAGAGGAGCUGGACAACGACUUAGAACUUCCACCAGGAUGGGAGAAAAUCGACGAUCCAGUGUAUGGGGUCUACUAUGUUGAUCAUAUCAACAGGAAGACCCAGUAUGAGAAUCCCAUGUUGGAGGCUAAGAGGCGCAGGCAGCUGGAGCAGCAGCCUCAGCAGCCUCAGCCCCAAAGCCAGCAGCCACCUGAAGGUGAGCGCUACAUCCGAGAAUGGAUCGAGGACUCGGCGUUGGCAGGGGCCCCGCUGGCCAACUACGCUGCCAACCACCAGGAGACCUACAGGGACCCCCAAACAGGACCACCAAUGCCCAACGCCGUGGGACAAAAGCGAGGGAAGCCUUUCUUUACUCGGAACCGAUCCGAGCUGAAUGGGACUUUCAUCAACACCAAGCUGAAAAAGAGUCGCCGGGGGUUCGGCUUCACCGUGGUCGGAGGCGACGAGCCGGACGAGUUCCUGCAGAUCAAGAGCCUAGUUUUAGAUGGACCUGCCGCCCUGGAUGGCAAAAUGGAGACAGGCGAUGUGAUAGUGAGUGUCAAUGACAUCUGUGUGCUCGGCUACACCCACGCCCAAGUUGUGAAGAUCUUCCAGUCCAUCCCUAUCGGCUCCAUGGUGAACUUGGAGCUGUGCCGCGGCUACCCGCUGCCCUUUGACCCCGAUGACCCCAACACUAGCCUGGUCACCUCCGUGGCCAUUCUGGACAACAAAGACCCCAUCAUCGUCAACGGUCAGGAGGCCCACAACAGCUACGACUCGCCGUCCAGCCACGGCAGUCAGAACAACAACGGCUCGACCAACGGAGGGGCGCCUCACAACGGCCUCCCCCGACCCUACAGCCCCUCCGCGGACGUGGCCUCCGAUACCUCUUCCCAUCAAGGCUACCCCAACGACGUGGUCACCCUGGCCUCCUCCAUCGCCACGCAACCAGAGCUCAUCACUGUACACAUGGAGAAAGGAGACAAGGGCUUCGGCUUCACCAUCGCCGACAGUCCAGGAGGCGGAGGGCAGAGGGUGAAGCAGAUCGUGGAUUACCCGCGCUGCCGUGGCCUCAAGGAGGGCGACAUCAUCGUGGAGGUCAACAAGAGAAACGUGCAGACCAUGUCUCACAACCAGGUGGUGGACAUGCUCAGCAAGUGUCCCAAAGGCAGCGAGGUCAGCAUGCUGGUGCAGAGAGGGGUGGCACCUGCAAAGAAGAGCCCGAAACUGCAAUUGUCGAGGAAAGACAGUCAGAACAGCUCCCAGCACAGCGUUUCCAGCCACCGGAGCGCCCACACAGACUCGCCUGUGCACCCGUCCCUGGCGCCCACUCUCAACGAGAGCAUCGCCCCCCCGCCCCCCUCUCAGCCCCUGCCGGGUCUGCCGCCCCAGGACUCCCCGGCAGACGGGACCAUCCAAAGAAAACCGGACCCCUUUAAGAUCUGGGCCCAGUCCAGGAGCAUGUAUGAAAGUAGGCUUCCAGACUUCCAAGAGCAGGACAUUUUCCUGUGGAGGAAGGACACAGGGUUCGGCUUCAGGAUCCUCGGAGGCAACGAGCCCGGGGAGCCGAUCUACAUCGGACACAUAGUGAAAUACGGCGCGGCAGACGAAGACGGGCGCCUGCGGUCCGGAGAUGAACUGGUAAGCGUGGACGGCACCGCAGUGGUCGGCAAGUCGCACCAACUGGUGGUGCAACUGAUGCAGCAGGCGGCAAAGCAGGGCCACGUCAACCUCACCGUGCGACGCAAAGCCACCUACACCGUUAAAGCAGAAGGAGACGUGCCCCCAUCGCCGGCGUCCUCCCACCACAGCAGCAACCAGGCCCCCAGCCUGACGGAGGAGAUGGGGAAGCGCGACCCCCAGGGCAGCCAGAACUCUCUGAACACCGUGAGCUCCGGCAGCGGCUCCACCUCUGGCAUCGGCAGCGGGGGAGGCGGCGGCGGAGGGGCGGGCGGCAGCGGUAACGCCGUCAUCGCCGCGGCUGCAGCCACCACCAACUCCUCUCAGCCCCCCAUCGUCAUGUCCAACGCCCCCUCCACCAUGCAGCCCUACGACGUGGAGAUCCGCCGCGGAGAGAGCGAAGGAUUCGGUUUCGUCAUCGUGUCUUCUGUGUCGCGGCCCGAAGCUGGCACCACCUUUGCUGGCAAUGCAUGUGUGGCCAUGCCCCACAAAAUAGGGCGCAUCAUCGAGGGGAGCCCGGCGGACCGCUGCGGGAAGCUGAAGGUCGGCGACCGCAUCCUGGCCGUGAACUCCUGCUCCAUCACCAACAAGUCCCACUCUGACAUCGUCAACCUCAUCAAGGAGGCCGGGAACACCGUCACACUACGCAUCAUCCCCGGGGACGAGUCAUCAAAUGCGUCUUUGUUGACCAAUGCGGAGAAGAUCGCCACUAUUACCACCACUCACACACCUCAGCAACAGGCUGCCCCUGAGGCCAGGAACAACACCAAACCAAAACAGGAGUCGUUUGAAUUCAAAGCACCACAGGGUCCUCCUCCCCAGCCCCCCACACAAGUCUCAGCUCAGGAUUCUGAGUUCUACUCCGUGGACCUGGACCGAGACAACAAAGGCUUUGGCUUCAGCCUGCGGGGGGGCAGAGAAUACAACAUGGACCUGUACGUGCUGCGGCUAGCUGAGGAAGGAGCGGCCGUCCGCAAUGGAAAGAUGAGGGUCGGCGACGAAAUCCUGGAGAUCAACGGCGAGAGCACCAAGGGCAUGAAGCACGCGCGAGCCAUCGAGCUCAUCAAGAGCGGGGGCCGGCGCGUCCAUCUGGUGCUCAAGAGGGGUGAUGGCUCUGUGCCCGAAUAUGUCAACGGCCCCGACGACGUCAUCACAGCCUACCCAGCCUCAGGGUUACAAAACGCUGCGGAAGUGAGUGCCCUGACCAACACGCCAUCGGAGUCCAGCUACCCACCAGAACCCCCUCAACCAUCCCGGAGCAAGAAGGAGCCGACCCGCCCCUCCACCGGCAAGACCCACCAUUCCAAACACCGCCACCGCUCCCCCAACAAGAAAACCAGCAAGGGAAAGACCCCGGGGAAAAAGUCCAAGGGCAUCAAGUUGGUAAAGAAGAAAGAUGACAAGGGAAGCGACGGCCACCGGCACCAUUCCAACGGGAAACACCGUAGCCGCCACCGCUCGCCUGACAAGGUGCACAGCCGGUCACGCAGUGCAGAGAACACGCUGGACACCCGUCAUGGGGGACAACGCAGCGGCCGCUCCCCCGACAGACGCACCGGUCAGCACUCCAAUCACCGCUCGCCCCACCGCUCGCCCCACCGCUCUCCUUACCGCUCUCCAUACCGCUCACCUCAUCGCUCUCCACAACGCUCACCCCGCCAACACAGGUCUCCCCACCGCUCUCGGCACCACUCCCCCACCAGACGCCAAUACCAUUCCUCAGACCCUUACCGCCGCAACGCCUCCCCGGAGAGACAGAGGCGCGUCAACGAGAAGCCCAACGGAGUAGAGGCCGUAUUGAAGGAACCUACUAGGACUCCUGAACUCAGCCUGCCGUUCGAGGACAGCUUCCUCCGUGAGUCCCCAGCCAUGGACCGCCUGAACAGGGAGGCCACGCGGCCGCCGCUGCGAAGCCAGGAGCACCUGUAUGGGGAGGACAGUCUGCUGAGGAAGGCCUCCUCCAUGGAGAGAAUCUACAAGGGGGACAGCCUGCUGAGGGACCUGGCCGCAUCGCGCAGCCAGAGAGACGCCACCUUGCCCAGAGUGCGCACCCCCGACUCAGAUUCGGCCUACAAGAGGUACAGCUCGCUGCUGAGGGGCCGCUCACCUGAGAGGACGGUGAGGGACGGGCGCUUUGCCAGCCGCGACAGCACCCCCGAGCCGCAGUACAGAGCCCGCAGCCUGGGACGGGACAUCUCCCCCGAGCCGCAGUACAGAGCCCGCAGCCUGGGACGGGACAUCUCCCCCGAGCCGCAGUACAGAGCCCGCAGCCUGGGACGGGACAUCUCCCCGGUCAGGAGCUUCAGGAGGGACGACUCGGAGGACGAAGAGGACGAUGACAAUUUCGUAGCGGCUAAGGUGAGAGAGUACUACAGCACGCUGAAGACCGACAGCAGCAGCUCAUCCGCCAUCCCCGAGCCCAAGAAGACCUACAAGGACAACCCCAAAGACCUGAGCAUCUGAUUGGAAGGCUGUCAGCCAAUCACAGCCACUACCCACAAACACCUCAAGUACUCACUCACAUAUCCACUUGGUUCUACAGAAAUGCACCCAAUUGUGAACACACCAGAUACACCCUCACACACACACACACACACACACACACACACAAAUAAUGUUGAGUUACUAACAAGACAGUGAUUCCAAAAUGACUUUUGAACGUUUUCUUUUUCGUUUUUUAAUUGUAUGUUACUUUUUCCUUGUUUUUUAUUGUUUUUGGUUUAAGCAUUCUACAUUUACAGUAAGUCAGAUUUUUCCAGAAAAUGUAAAACCAUAAAAAACAAUGAUGUGCCUAACAGUUCCAUUAAUGAGCAACAUUUUGAUUUUGAUUUGAUAUGUGACGGGCAUUUUGUGCCGCACUGUCAGAUGAUGAAAUGUAUGUACUUUUCCACGAGGAUCCCACGGAAGUACCGCGCACCUGGAUACCUGUAACCGGUGCUCACAAUGAUGCUGUGCAUGUCUUUACCGGUUUCAAUGUCUCUCUCACUCUCUCUCUUUACUCUCUCUUACUCUCCCUCCCGCCUACUUUUAUUCUCCCUCUAUCUCUCUCUGUCAAUCUCUCUUUCUGUCUUUCUCUCCCCCCAGUGCCACUGUUUUUUAGACAUUUGACCAGACUAUAGCACAAGCCUGCAUUUGUUUGUAUAUUUUUGACAGUUUGCAGUAUGUGUACAUUCAGAGGUGAUCAUUUUAAAUGAAUGAAGGGAAAAUUAAAAGUUAAACUAUGAUGAUGUUAAAAUAAAAUAAUAUAUUCAACGAAUAAAAUAAAUGUGUGGUUGUUUUGGUUCUUUGGUUUUCCCGGCCAUAUUUUAUUUUAAGCCAUUAAACAGGUUUAAGCGACACAAACAUGGAGUGUAAGUGUCAUAGAUAAGAGUGUAGAGUACUGAGCUCUACUCAUUUUGGCAAACAAGACAAAAGAGUCGAGGCUGACAUUGUUAUCUCAGGCCUCCCAAAAGUGU